GCAGCAUCUUUUAUAAAGUCAGUGAACAUUUUGAACACGUUACAAUACUUUAUAAACGUUUGCAUUUGGGCACAGCAGUGAACGGGCUUGAGCUGUCGACUCAAAGAGGAGGACAACAGAAUCACUGCGAGAGGAUAUCGUUAAGAAACCAGUGUCAUCAGUCAUGGAGGAUCUCUCUCGUGCUAACAGUCUCUUCGCUCUGGAUCUCUAUCGGCGUCUGAGCGCAAGCAACGCCGAGGAAAACGUGUUCUUUUCCCCACUGAGCAUCAGCACAGCGCUCAGCAUGGUCUACUUGGGAGUCCGAGGAGACACUGCCAAAGAAAUGGCAAAGGUUUUGUCUUUGAGUUCUGUGUCUGAUGUUCACUCUCAUUUUAAGACCCUCACCUCAACUAUCAACAGACCAUCAACCUCCUACAUCCUCAGACUGGCCAACCGCCUCUUUGGAGAGAAAACUUUAAACUUCUUACCUGAGUAUUUGCACUCCAUUCUGAAGCUGUACCACACUGAACUUCAGGCCCUGGACUUUAUUGGAGCACCAGAGAUGUCACGACAGCUCAUUAACAAAUGGGUGGAAGAGCAGACAGAGAAUAAAAUUAAAGAUCUUCUUAAGCGUGGUGCGGUAAAUGAAACGACCCAACUAGUUCUGGUUAAUGCCAUUUACUUCAAAGGGUGCUGGAUCCAAACAUUUGACACAAGAGACACACAAGAAAUGCCAUUUAAAAUAAACCAGAAUGAGAGCCGGCCUGUAAAAAUGAUGUACCAGAAGGACAUUUUCCCCUUCAGAUACAUCCCAGAGUAUGAACUGCAGGUGCUGGAGUUACCAUAUAAAAAGUUCAAGCUCAGCAUGUUGAUCCUUCUUCCAAAGAAAACUCAGGAUGACUCUGACUCUCUUCUAAAGCUGGAGAGUGAGUUGACUAUUGACAAGCUGCUUGACUGGACCAAAAGAGACAAUAUGGUCCCACGGAUGGAAGUCAAAGUCCAUUUGCCAAAGUUCAAGCUGGAGUUUGAGAGCUACCUACUAAAAAUACUGCAAGAGAUGGGUAUGAGCUCUUUGUUCCAGGAAACAAAGGCUGAUCUGACAGGCAUGAGCAGUCAGGAUUGUCACUUCAAUUUAUCAGUGGUCCACAAGGCUUUUAUUGAGGUGAAUGAGGAAGGCACUGAGGCAGCAGGAGGCAGUAGAGUCUGUGACGGUCCCAAUAAAAUAGAAAGUCAGAGUUUCAUAGCUGAUCACCCCUUCAUGUUUUUCAUCAGGCACAACCCCACUGACAGCAUCCUCUUCCUUGGCAGAUUCAGAGGUCCAUCCUAGAAGUGUGUUUUUCUCUGUUUAAGCCCUAAGUAUAGGCAAAUUGCAAGGCUUAUCCUUGUCCAGUGUCUGCACUUUUUUUAAAUGAAGUUGCAGGCAAUCCCCUCAGCGGCAUGUACCAGUAUUGCCACCUUGUGGACAAACUACUUAGUGCCUAUAAAAUAGAACAUACAUUGUAUACAUACCUGCAGUGAGAAACACAGGCUACACACAAUGGCCGCAUACUGUUUUGAAGACGGAAUUCAUAUUCUAGCAUAGCUACGCAUUAAAGAAGAGGUGUACUUUGGGAUUUAUAGUAAAUGAAAAAGAAAGUAUGUUUUUGCUCUGAGCAUCUGAGGGCAUAAAGUUAGUCCAAUGGAAAGCGAUUGGAAAUUAAUGAGGUAGAUAAGGAUGAGCAGCCUAUGUGCCUUGUCUCAAGGUGGCAAUUAUUAAUUCAUUAUAUGAAAGGGACAAAGACAGUCAAAAAAAAAAAAAAACUGCACCAGAAUUAGCUACAGAGUUAAAUUUCAUCUGCUGUAUGCAAAUGUAUCUGUGAUGAUAAAGCAAAAACAGUAAAGAAAUAGUAAAGAAGAGUAUUUUGUAAUAUAAAUAAAUAAAUACACAUUCGGCGGUAGGCUACUUCCCCUUGUCUACCUUUGUUUUUGUAAGUUAUAUUUAGAGGAAGUGUUUUAUAGUAUCUAAAAUCAACAUUUAACUAGGUUGUGAUUUACCAAUAUGUUAAUCCAUGCUAAAUGACAGUCUGUCAUGUAACACUUCUUAACCAUUUACUUCUGAACCCACAAAGACUGAAAAAACCAAACCAGGAUUUGACAACUGUGAAAGUGACCAAUUUGUUCAAUUAGUGAUGUUUUAUUAACAAACUUUGUAAGGAGCACGCGCAGAUAUUAACAUGGCCAAUUCACAUAGGCGGAGUUUAGGGGGCUGGGGUCGUCUGGGGGACACUGCCAAUCAUGAUUUUGUCUGAGCUAUGAUAAAUCAAAGAAUUUAUAAUUUUUCAUUUUAUUGAUAUUAUCUUAUUAUUUUAGUAGAUAGAAUAAGUAUGUUUUGGGUAAAUUAAUUUAAAUUUAAGCCCCACUCGCUUUCCUUUGACUCAUGAUUCUCAACUUGUCUUGAUAGAGAGGACUCUCUUUUCGUUAUUUUCCCGCUUUUGCAAGUUAAUUGUUCGGCUACAUCAGAAACAGGUUUCUCAGUUAUGAGGAAAGUAGGAGACUGGCUCCGAAAUUCAAUGGCACAUAUCUUCAAUUUCCCUCAUUUCACUCGCUUGCCUUUGCUUUUAAAUAGCUUGCAAAUGCGCAGUGCACAUUUUACUUUCACUUUCAAAUCAGCGUCAAUUCGGCGUCAAUUUGCUUGAAUCCCAUUCAAGCAACAACAACAACAAAAAAUAUGUUAAAAAAAGGUUAAACUCAGCCUAUAAAUUAAUCAUGGAACUUUUAUUAACAAAACAAAUAAAGAUAGCUUACACCAUGCUAUAUGCCUAAUAUAAAAUAACAAAUAACUACAUAAAUUUUAAAUAGCCUAGUAUACAAAACUGAAAAUCGGUAAACACUGUGGAACUAAAUAAAUAUAAGAAAUGUAGAACGUUUAUAGCGAAAUGAAUAAGAAAGAAAUUGCACAAAGUAAAAAUCAGCAAACACUGUAGAACUAAAUAAAUAAGAAAUUAAUGUUCAAAAAAAAAUAAAAUAAAAUAAAAAAUCGAAAACCACCAUAGAUAAACAGCAAAAGUCAAAAUAAAAAACAUUGCCAAACUUCCACCAUCAUCUUGUCUGUCUCCCCUGACCUCUCUCUUCUUCAGCUCGUCACUCAGCUCGGUGAUAAUAAAAUCUGUGAUGCAACUGUCGUUCGGAACUCUGCAUUGAGCAGCCGCGUUCAGUUUUAUUUGUAGUGUCUGUUCUCCAAUUGAACUAAAGAAUAUUUUAUUACUAUAAAAAAAUAAAAACAAUGGUGGUGGUCGGUGCUGCAGUGGGCAAGUGACGUAUCCAAUGUUGCAGAACACCGACUAUAGCAGCAAGCCUAUUCUCUGCAUUAGGUAAUGUUAUUAUUUUUUUACUCUUUGUACAGCAGUCAUUGUUACUUCUAAACGCUUCAAAAUUGGGGCACCAUAGCAGUCCAUUAUAUGGGGAAAAAAUUUCCUCAAAAAACAUAAUUUCUUUACGACUGAAGAAAGAAAGAUAUGAACACUGUGGAUGACAAGGGGGUGAGUAUAUUAUUUGUAAAUUGUUGUUGUGGGUCUUUAAAGCAGUCUUACCUACACUAUCUCUAGUCUUUCAGCAUCCCCCCGCCACCUCUUGGCCUCGGACCCCUUUCCCCAGUCAGGGGGGAGUAUAACUGCAUAACCUUUACUCAGUUUAUUACAUGUAAGUGUGAACUCAUGAAAUGACGGUUGGGUGACCUCUGUUGGUGACUUUACUUACGUCAUUAUUGGGUCGUUCACCUUUAUCUGUGAAGCCUUCAUUCUAUCCAUCAGUAGAAUGUAGGCUUUUUUGUAUCACAUGAAUAAACACAAUGCAUAAUCACA